CUUCUUCAAACUCGUCGUCUUUGACUUUGAAACGAAAACAUGGUUGCGUUCAGGGAGGCAGCGUAGUCCAAAACGUUUGUUUUCCGAGCUUCAUCAUCAUAUUUUUCUCUGAGUUGCCGUGCACAAGUUUUGCCGGACAUGUCAGAUGCAGGGAAGGAGAGUCCCGGGGAAAAGGGUUACAGAACACCCGGGCUGAGGGGCGCCCAGACCACCACCCUGUUCCGAGCCGUCAACCCCGAACUCUUCAUAAAACCUAAUAAACCAGUGAUGGUGUUUGGACUGGUGACCAUCACCUUGUGUGUGGGCUACCUGGGCUACCUGCACGCAAUGAAAGAAAAUGACCAGCAACUGUACGAGGCCAUCGACAGCGAAGGAGAGAGGUACAUGAGGAGGAAGACUUCAAAAUGGGACUGAUGGCACUGUGUGUAUCUGUGUGUGUGUGUAUUCUAAGGACAGAGUGGCUUAAACCCUGACUGGACUGAAACAAGGACACCUGUCAAGUUUUCUCUAAAUGCUUCCAUUAAACUGUGUUCUCAGUAUA